CCAGAAAGCUAAAGCGUGGCAGGGGCCGGACCGGGGAAGCGGAGGAGGCGGGUCUCCAUAGAAACGUCCACCUGUUUCCGGCCAGGCUGUGAGAGAUUAGGGGCUGCAGCGGGGGCCAAUCUCAGCUAGCUCGCUUUUUCCCAGCGGCCUCUGCGGGAGCGGUGGGUGUUGUACACAAUCAUCAUGGCGGCGGCCGGAGCCCCGGAUGGCAUGGAGGAACCUGGCAUGGACACGGAGGCCGAGACGGUGGCGACCGAGGUCCCCGCGCGGCCCCUGAACUGCGUCGAGGCCGAAGCCGGGGCGGGGGCGGCAGCGGAGGACUCCUGCGCUGCUCGAGGUAGCCUGCAGCCGGCCCCGGCCCAGCCCCCUGGGGACCCUGCGGCCCAGGCCUCGGUCAGCAACGGCGAGGAUGCGGGCGGCGGCGCAGGGAGGGACCUGGUGGACCUGAAGAUCAUCUGGAAUAAGACUAAGCACGACGUGAAAUUCCCCUUGGAUAGCACAGGCUCCGAGCUAAAACAGAAGAUUCACUCGAUUACAGGUCUCCCCCCUGCCAUGCAGAAAGUCAUGUAUAAGGGACUCGUCCCUGAGGAUAAGACGUUGAGAGAAAUAAAAGUGACCAGCGGAGCCAAGAUCAUGGUAGUUGGCUCCACGAUAAAUGAUGUUUUAGCCGUAAACACACCCAAAGAUGCUGCCCAGCAGGGUGCAAAGGCCGAAGAGAACAAGAAGGAGCCGCUCUGCAGGCAGAAGCAACACAGGAAAGUGUUGGAUAAAGGAAAGCCCGAAGAUGUGAUGCCAUCUGUUAAGGGUGCCCAGGAGCACCUGCCAACGGUACCCUUAUCCGGCAUGUACAACAAGUCCGGAGGCAAAGUGAGACUCACCUUCAAGCUGGAACAAGACCAGCUGUGGAUUGGCACUAAAGAUGGUUCAAAGUCUUGUCAGUUACACUCCAGAAUUAUCUGUGUCCCUUUUUUUUGCCACUCUGUUGUGCCAAUUAAGACUUCUAGCAUCUUUAAAGAGCGGACUGAGAAAUUGCCCAUGGGCUCCAUUAAAAAUGUGGUCAGUGAACCUAUCGAAGGACACGAAGACUACCACAUGAUGAUUUGAAUUUUUGUUUUAAAAACCCAAAGAUGUCAGUUCCUGAUUUUGUACCUCGUCGAUGCUUCCUCUCCUGGCCUACCCCCCACCAUGCUGCUGCUCGAGAAUGCACGGCGGGAGAGGAAGAGCUGUUUGGUCUAGGGCAGGGAGUGCGCGCACCUGCUGCGCCACGUGUGGAGCAGUGGAGUGUCUUACCAUGACUCCCGUCUAAACGUCUUGCCCCUUGGACCCCAAUCUCUGGGGAGUUCCACCUGCUGGUGUCCUGGUUGUCUGGUGCCCUCACUGAUAGGGCUUUGAGAACCAGCCUGGCAUGGGUGUGCCUGGGCUGCACUGCCCAAAAGCCACAGCCCCCAGGCCGACAAAGUCCUCUUGAAGGAGGAGCUGGAUGGAAGACCAUUCCUACAGCCCUAUAGCCACAGGCCCAGAUCCUUCUUUCUUUCGAAGUUCUGAGAAAUUCUUAAGCAGUCCAACGAUUAUUUCAAUUAUGCUUCUCCAUUUGGUCCUUCUGCUCAUACAUUAUGUUCAAGUGUCCUUCAUCCCAGGUUCAGAGAUGCUGCCUUUCCCAAUAAAAGACAUGUUGACCUAUGGGUUGGCCGAUGUGCUUAAACAUCGAAAAUGUGAUAAAUUGCUUUCGUGAUUAGCUCACCCUCUUCUGGUUUUAACCCUUAAGUUCUUGGUACACGUGAGCUUCUAUUGUUUCCUUACGGCUCGAUGAACUCGGACACGAGGGCGAGUCUCUUGGUGAAUGAUACCCUUUGUGCUCUUCGCUGUUUCUCUGCUGGCUGUCUUUGCAAUUCUCCCCUCCCUGGCUGCAGGCUCUCAUAGUAAGUUUUGGUGAGAGAUUUUCCAAACUUCGCAUUCUGGAUUCUAGGCUGUUCCCCCUCAUCCUGUGAAAUGUAAUUAGCAUGUGUUCGCCUCAGAUGACUAACCCUUGUGAGCCAGUUCCUGGUGACGCUCUGUGCCCUUCCCUUCCAAGCCGUAGUUCAGGAAUCCAGCCCAUGUAGACAGACUCGUGCUUUUCACGGGGUAGCCCUUGCCCAGUUACACAUCUGGGCAGGGAACUCUACUCUUGCUUUUUUUUUGGCGGGGGGGCAUACGUACCUCUUGUGAAGUGUAGCAUCCAAGAAACCGCCUGUUCGUCAUCCCUCGAAGGAGCAGUCACUGCGGCUUUUCUGUCCUCGUUGGCUUGCAGUUCCUGGAGAAAAAGGGAUGCUUUGCUACUUGUCAGAGCCUUCCUCUGCAGUGGACGGGUCUGUGGAGGAAACGCUGCCGUAGCAAGCAGAGGGUCCUCUCAGUCUGAACACUGCCCUUUUUUGUUGGCCAGCGCCCCUGUCCUGGAGACGUGUCCUGACAGUGCCACACACCCACCUUUGUUCUCGUGAAGCAGGUGUCUCCAUCCCCAGACUGGCCUUGCAGUGCUGCUCUCAGAGGCCCUUCCCGCCAGGUCUCCUUGUUUGCCCUGUUAAGUCGCUGCCCGCACCCUCUGUCCCUCUCACCUUCCUCCCAGUGAGAGCGUGUAUGUCCCCUUGUUUCCCUGCUCCCCAAGGGCCAAACUGCUUCUCACUCAGGCUGCUGUCAUUUCUAGACAGGACCAAAGCCUGCGUGAGUCUUUAUUUUAUGUAAAAUGGUGCUUUUUUCCUUACUUCAAAAUACUAUAUAUAAAUAAUAAU